UCUUUGAGUGAUGGACCCUGCAGCUUCCUACGGCAUCGCGUGUGUAGUGGAUCCAGUGAAGGCUCUGUACAAUGCAGCCUUUGGAUAUGUGGUGUACUGCAGAGAAAAUGUGGAAUCCCUGACCCAAGAAGCCCGAGAACUGGGUAGCAAAAUGGAGGAUAUGACCAAGGAUCUUGCGGACGCUGACAGGCUCGGGAAAUCGCCGAGAAGUGGAGCAAAGCUGUGGCUUCAAAGGGUGAAAGAAGUUCAAGAUGCAGCGAAGGAGAUGGAAUCAGCAUUCUCUGGAAUGUACAGAUGCGCAGGCUGCACCCCAAACGUUGUUUUCCGUUAUAGGGUAGGCAAGAGGGCUACAAAGCUACUUAACGACGCGAGAGAGCUCAAGGACAGAAACUUCGAAGAGAUUGCCACCACGCCGGCCCCAUGCCGCUUCGUUGAACGACCUGUCGGGUCCAUGAUCGGCCGCACAGCCGAGCUCAACAGCCUCCAGCAACUCUCCUCUGAUGACGACGUAAGCAUCAUCGGCAUCCACGGCAUGGGCGGCGUGGGCAAAACCAUGCUCCUCAAGAACUUCUUCAACCAAUUCCACCUCAGAGACGAGUACCACAUGAUAUAUGUCAACAUGAAUGGCUGCCACACCGUCGAAGACGCCCAGAAGGCCAUCGCCUGCGACCUCGGCUUGGUCUGGAUCGACGACGAGAACCAAGACGCACGGUCUCGCCGCAUAUUCUCGUACCUCAGGAACAAAGCCUUCGUAUUGAUCCUCGACGACGUUUGGGAAUCGGUGGACCUCCAUCGCGUUGGGAUACCGACUGCAAUGAAGAGAACAAAAUCGAAAAUUGUUCUGGCAACACGGAUCGAAGACGUAUGCGACAGCAUGGAUGCAGAGAAGGUGCACGUUGAGUGCUUGGGGUGGGAUGAUUCGUGGAGCCUCUUUGUCGAGAAGGCGGGGAAUAAACUGAUUGGGACACACUCUACUAUCCGUCGCCAUGCCGAGACUCUGGUCAAGAAAUGUGGGGGGCUCCCUCUGGCGCUCAUAACUGUCGGACGAGCUAUGGCCACCAAGAAGACUCCCCAGUCGUGGAAGAACGCCAUCACGCAAAUGGAUGUCUCUCCUCAGGAGAUCCUCGGCAUGGAGAAGGAAGUGCUUUCGAGUUUGAAAUCUAGCUAUGACAACCUAGCCGACGAUGCAACAAGGACGUGCCUCUUAUACUGUCUUCUGUUCCCUGAGAACACUGCGAUUUAUAAAGAAUCGGUUAUCGAUUACGGGAUUGGAGAAGGAGUUAUAGAUGAUAAGUUCUUUGAUGCGGAUGAGAUCUACGAUAAAGGACAUGAUGUUAUUGAUGUCUUGAAGUCGGCGUCGCUACUGGAGAGGGUCGAUGAGGAUGUUGAUUUCGUGAAGAUGCACCCGAUGGUUCGAGUAUUGGCGUUCUGGAUAGCCUGUGACUGUGGGCAGGAAGAGAAGAGGUGGCUCGUGAGGACGAAGCGUGGUUUGAAAGUAGCACCCGAGGGCGUGAAAUGGCAUGGAGCAGAGAGGGUUUCGCUUGCGGAUAACAGCAUCACAGCUCUUCCGGAGGUACCGGAAUGCCCUUGUUUGCUGACCCUACUGCUUCACCACAACCGUGAGCUGGGGAAGAUCUACGAUGGCUUCUUGAGUUGUAUGCGCAAUCUUCGCGUUCUUGACGUUUCGCAUACAUCCAUACAGGAAAUUCCAACUGAAAUAGGCGAAUUGGUUGAGCUCCGGUACCUCGACCUCUACAAUACUCAGAUCACUCAACUGCCGCGCUACAGCAGCUGGAAAGUCGUUAAGGAAGAAGAUCAAGAAGAAGAAGAAGAAGACGGUGUAGAUAUCCAAGAACUCUACCGCUUGAAGCGGCUCAACACUCUGGGCAUAAGUAUCAACACUCUUCUAGCGCUGCAGAAGCUUGCGGGAUUCUUCCGACUGGCUAACUCCACCCGAUACCUUGAAAUUAAUUUCUCCCAGGGCCUGAAAACGUUUUCAACGGCAAACCUGGGAAGUGAGUUCAAGUCUAUUAAAGAUCUUCGCUUCGCCGACUGUAGCGAUCUGGAGGACGUAGAAAUUGACGGCGCAGCAAGUGAUCCCAGUGAUGGCUGGUCCAACGUGCCGACAUUGAUGGAACUGUAUCUAGUUAGGCUUCCUAAAGCCAGAAUCAUAUGGAAGAGUGGAUGCCUAGAAAACUUGAUCUACUUACAGAUAGGUGAUUGUCCACAAAUGAAGCACUUGAUCCAGUGCGAGGAGGAGGAGGAGGAGGAGGCGGGGGAAGGUGAUCAUGAGAUUGAUGUUCUGCCAAAGCUCCAACAGUUGGAUAUUUACUGCCUGCCACAGCUUAAGAACUUGAGUUGCUCAACAAAAUUAUCACUAGCUUUCCCUUCGUUGGAUAUUAUCGACAUCGUGCAGUGUCCAAUGCUGAAGCGAUUGCCAUGGAAUGCGGAGAAGCUGACACUCAUCAAGGGUGGAAAAUCAUGGUGGGAACGCUUGGAGUGGCCAGAUGAGAAGACCAAGUCUAAAUUCAACUCCAUCUUUAAACCGUACCCUUGAUCACAUAUAA